AUGGCGAUGCUCGGUGGUGUGCUGGGCAAGAGCGAAUUUAUUGUUGGUGGAAAAUACAGACUUAUGAGAAAAAUUGGAUCUGGUUCAUUUGGUGACAUUUAUCUUGGCAUCAACAUUUCAAAUGGCGAGGAAGUCGCUGUCAAACUAGAAAAUGUGCGAGCACGUCACCCACAAUUGCUUUAUGAAUCAAAAUUAUAUAAAAUAUUACAUGGAGGCAUCGGUAUUCCACAUAUACGCUGGUAUGGACAAGAACGUGAUUGGAAUGUUUUGGUAAUGGAUCUACUUGGUCCUUCACUUGAAGAUCUUUUCACAUUCUGUUCACGAAGGUUUACAAUUAAAACGGUGCUUAUGUUGGCUGAUCAAAUGAUUGGUAGAAUUGAAUUUGUUCACUGUAAACACUUUAUUCACAGAGAUAUCAAGCCAGACAAUUUUUUAAUGGGUAUUGGUCGUCAUUGCAAUAAAUUAUUCAUUAUUGAUUUUGGGUUAGCGAAAAAAUACCGAGAUACUCGUACAAGGUGUCAUAUAUUAUAUCGGGAAGAUAAAAAUUUAACUGGUACUGCGAGGUACGCAUCAAUAAAUGCGCAUGUUGGUAUCGAGCAAAGUCGGCGUGAUGACAUGGAAUCACUGGGAUACGUUCUCAUGUAUUUCAAUAGAGGUUCGCUUCCUUGGCAAGGUUUGAAAGCAGCAACAAAAAAACAAAAAUACGAAAAAAUAAGUGAAAAAAAAAUGUCCACUCCUGUUGAAGUUUUGUGCAAAGGCUUCCCAGCAGAAUUUGCAAUGUAUAUAAACUACACCAAGGGACUAAGAUUUGAUGAAAGCCCUGACUACAUGUAUCUCCGGCAGCUCUUCCGAAUUCUCUUCCGUACUUUAAAUCAUCAGUACGAUUACACUUUUGAUUGGACAAUGCUGAAACAGAAAGCAGGAAUCGCCCUCCCAGGAGCAGUAUCUGGAGUUACUGGUACAGCUGUUCCUGGACCACAAGGCCAAGGUCAGCAGACAACCGCUCUAGCCAACGCACAGACAAGCACACAGAGGAAUCCAGAGACGUUCGAUGUUCUCUAG